UAUUGACAAAAAAAUGCAAAAAAAAAUUUAAAAACUUAAAAAAAAAUCAAAGGGUCGUCAAGCUCUUCCCUUUUCUCCGAGCUAUUGGUUCGAUCAUAAAAACUUCAAAAUCGGAUUAGGGUUUCUCAAUUCUCCGCAGUUUUGAGGACAUGUCAGGUAAACGGGUGAUAGCAAUAUGCAUGUCUGGCGGGCAGUUUCUAACAGAGAAAAGCGGAGCGUUAACUUACAGAGGCGGCGAAGCUCACGCGAUAGACGUGGACGAAAAUACGAACUUCAAAGACUUCAUCUCAGAGAUUGGUGAGAUGUUUAACUGCGGCGACGCCAGGAACACAGUUUGUCUCAAAUACUUUCUCCCUGAUAACAAGAAGACUCUCAUCUCCAUCUCUAACGAUAAAGACUUGAAACGGAUGAUCAAGUUCCACGAGAACUCUAACACUGCUGAUGUCUAUCUUAUUCCUGAAGAAGAAGAAGCUCCUCCCGAGGCUAGCAGAUCUAGCAGAACGACAUUAUCUGAAGCCAUUCCUCUGGACGACAUGAUAGAUGAUGACACAACAGGACACGAAGAUCUUCCCCUUUCACUCUCAGUCUCAGUCUCAGCUCCUCCUCCCGUUGUAACAAUAGAUCAAGUGAUGAUCCAAGCAGCAGAAGAUUCACAGAUUGUUAUAACUCCGUCGAUUCUCGACGUCCAGAAUCAAACAGGAGACAUUCUCACAAAGGCGAGAACGCAGCAAUGGCAGAACACGAUCACAGGCCUCGGACAGAGGUUCAAAAACGUGGGCGAGUUCCGGGAAGCCCUGCGGAAAUACGCGAUCGCUAACCAGUUCGGUUUCCGUUACAAGAAGAACGAUAGCCACCGAGUAACUGUCAGAUGCAAAGCAGAAGGCUGUCCCUGGAGGAUCCACGCUUCGAGGCUAUCGACCACUCAGCUGAUCUGCAUCAAGAAGAUGACUCCUUCGCACACCUGCGAAGGCGCUGGAGGCGGCGUCAGCGGCCUCCAGACUAGCAGGAGCUGGGUGGCCAGCAUUAUCAAGGAGAAGCUGAGAGUGUUCCCCGACUACAAACCGAAAGAUAUCGUCAGCGACAUCAAGGAAGAGUAUGGGAUCCAGCUGAACUACUUUCAAGCGUGGCGCGGGAAAGAGAUUGCGAGGGAGCAGCUCCAAGGCUCGUACAAGGACGGUUACAAGCAGCUUCCCGUUUACUGCGAGAAGAUUAUGGAAACCAAUCCAGGCAGCCUCGCUGCCUUCGCAACCAAGGAAGACUCGUCCUUCCACCGCGUUUUCGUCGCGUUCCACGCCUCGGUCUACGGUUUCCUCGAGGGUUGUAGGCCGUUGGUGUUUCUUGAUAGCGUCCCCUUGAAGUCGAAGUAUCAGGGGACGCUGUUAGCGGCAACUUCUGUGGAUGGGGACGAGGAAGUGUUCCCACUAGCGUUUGCGGUUGUUGACGCUGAGAGCGAGGAUAACUGGGAGUGGUUCUUGCUUCAGCUGAGGACCGCUCUCUCCACCUCCAACGCCAUCACUUUCGUCGCGGAAAGGCUGAAGAGUCUGCAAGAACUGAUCCCGAGAGUGUUUGUUGGCUCGUUUCACGCCUACUGCUUACGGUAUCUAACAGACGAGCUCAUCAGAGAGUUAAAAGGACCCUUCUCUCAGGACAUCAAGCGGUUAUUCUUUGAUGCAGCUUAUGCACCAAGACCUGACUCGUUCGAGAGAUGUGUAGAGAAAAUCAGAGAGCUCUCUAUGGACGCUUAUAACUGGAUCAUGCACAACAGCCAGCCUGAUCACUGGGCCAACGCUUACUUUCCUGGAGCUAGGUACAACCACAUGACGUCAAACUCUGGCGAACCGUUCUUCACCUGGGCUUCAGACGCUGACGAUCUACCUAUAACUCAGAUGGUUGAUGUGAUCCGGGGGAAGAUCAUGGGGAUGAUUCAGCUGAGACGGAUCAACGGAGAUGAGGCUAAUGGAAGAAGAUUAACUCCUUCCAUGGAAGUAAAGCUAGAGAACGAGUGUGUAAAAGCGCAAAGCCUUACUGUAACGUCCUCAUCCACGGAUGACAGUUUGUUUCAAGUCCAUGGAGAGACGUACGAGGUGGUGAACAUGGCGCAGUGUGAGUGUAGCUGCAGAGGUUGGCAGUUAACGGGCUUACCGUGUCACCACGCGGUUGCGGUUAUCAGCUGCAACGGACUUAGUCCUUAUGACUUUUGUUCUAGAUACUUCAGUGUUGAUAACUAUAGGUUGACGUACUCUAUGUCGAUAAACCUGGUUCCUAUGUUGGAAGGAGAGAUGUGUAGAGAGAGCUCAGGGGGUGAUGUUAUGACGGUAACACCACCAACUACAAGGCGGCCACCGGGGAGGCCGCCGAAGAAGAAAACACCGGCUGAAGAGGUGGUGAAGCGGCAGCUGCAAUGUAGUAAGUGUAAGGGGCUUGGUCAUAACAAAUCAACUUGUAAAGUAUAUCCUCCUCUUGAAUGCUAGUUUUAAAAAAAAAAACUUUUUAAAGUAA